UGUGGAGGUUCCAGUCCUUGCCUUGGACUAACGACGAUGGAAUUCUGUCCACAACAUCACUCUGGCUGCCUACACUUGCCACAACGAAUUGUCUAUCAACCUGCCUCAUUUCCGAUCGCGUAUUACCCAAUGUUAUAAUCAACACAGAAUGGAUUCUCCUGCCUUGACACCUCGACCCUCACAACGCAAUAAAAAGUCUCCCUUACAAGCUUCCUCAAUAUCGUCACCUACAUCUGGCAAUAUGCCAACACUAAAAACGAUGUCUGCACAUACUGCGCGAAGAUCGCCAAUUCUUCCUACCACUCUCGAAACCUUUCUCCUCUCAAUAUACCCAACAAUACUCGUCCUAGGGUCAAUAUUUGCCAUCCUCGACCCUUCAGCAAGAAAUGCUCCAUACAACGCACAAACACAAUCGCACCACGCGGCCACAGCCCCCUCUUACUUUGCAAAGAAAAGCAACGUCUUUAACCAGUUCUUUGUCAAAAUAGGUUGGGCAUGGAUAACGCUCAGCUACUUCCUCUUCCUAUUUACGCAUCCCUCCACGGGACCGCCUUUAACCUUUGUCAUAACACCAAAAAGGAUACGAGGAACGUUGCGGUAUGGAAUUGUCACUUUAUGGUGGAUAUUCGUGACACAAUGGUUCUUUGGACCGGCGAUUAUUGAUCGUGGGUUUGUGGCUACGGGGGGACAAUGUGAGUUGGUGCGAAAGGAGGGAGCGGAUAUGGAUGAAGUGAGGAGGUUUGUUACGAGUGUGGCAUGCAAAUCCGUUGGAGGGAGUUGGAAGGGCGGACAUGAUAUUUCGGGACACGUUUUUCUGCUGGUGCUGGGGAGCAUGUUUAUUUUCGAGGAAAUCUUGCAUGUGGUUUUGAAAACGCAGAUGACCAAGGAACAACGAACGGUGUCGAUGGCUGAUGGAGCGGUGAAGAGUGCAGAGGUUGAGGCGACGUUGGGCGGAUAUGAUAGUACAGUUGAGCGACCCAGACAGUGGACUAUCGGAGCAAGGGUGGGCGUGGGGGUUGGUGCAUUAAGUGUGUAUAUGUUGCUAAUGACGGCUGCAUAUUUUCACACUUGGUUUGAAAAGGUAUGCCCAAGUUUGUUGAUUGUGCUUUUGAGAUUUGACUAACCAUUAAUACAGCUUACUGGGCUUCUCGUUGCACUCAGCGGUAUAUUUGUGGUAUAUUUCCUCCCAAGAGCGAUACCUGCACUGAGAAGUGUAAUUGGAAUGCCCGGGGUUUAGAUGCGUUGGAUAAAUGUACAACAGGAGGAAUAAUUCUAAUGACCCAAGAUCGUCCGAAAUAGAGCUUCUACCACUUUCAUACCGUUUCUCCUUUUUAAAUUAUAUACC